AUGAAAAUUUUCAGCUUCCUUACUUUGGCAACAGUCACUUUGGCUGCAACGAUUGCUAAGAGAGGACCAAAGGCUUCUGACUGGGACUAUGAGAACAAGACGGUCAAUGGUGUCAAUUUGGGUGGUUGGUUCUUACUUGAGCCCUACAUAACGCCAUCCCUCUUCAAAGCUUUUGAACCCGGCGAAAUCCCCGUCGACGAAUACCACUACACCAUGUUUCUCGGUAAAGAAGAGGCAAAGAGGAGGUUGGAGCACCAUUGGGAUACAUGGUACCAGGAGUCAGAUUUCGAGGCAAUGGCUGAUGCAGGUAUCAACACCGUGAGAAUCCCAGUGGGCUACUGGGCUUAUGGAAUGAAGGAGGACGACCCGUAUGUCCUGGGUCAGGACUUUUACUUGGAAAGAGCACUUGGGUGGGCUCGUAAGUAUGGAAUUGUUGCCUGGAUCGACUUGCACGGUGCUCCAGGAUCUCAGAAUGGCUCGGGAAGUUCUGGGUUGAGAGGUUCUUUUGAUUCUUUGGAAGAGUUGAGAAAAUCUAUUGGAUUUCUCCAUGAUGACAACCUUUCACUCACGCUCACAGUAUUGCAAAACAUUUUUGACAAGUACGGUGGUUCUGAAUUUGAGGAUGUCGUGAGCGGCAUCGAAUUGUUGAACGAGCCGCUUGGCAUAGUUUCCGAUAUGAACAAGCUCAAAAACUUUUACAGAUGGGGCUACGGCAACAUGAGAUACUUGAACUCGCUAUCAUACAACAACGUCAUCAUCAGUGAUGCAUUCAUGGAGGAACCGGGCUAUUGGAAUGACUUUAUGACUGUUGAUGAAGGAUAUUGGAAGGUGGUUGUAGACCACCAUCACUACCAAUGGCAUACUCCUGAGGAAUUAGGUAUGAACAUCACUGAACACGUUCAACUCGCUUGCGAGUUAGGCACCAACCACACCAAAGAGUACCACUGGAAUAUUGUUGGUGAGUGGUCGGCUGCUCUUACUGACUGUGUCAUGUGGUUGAACGGCAUUGGGCGUGGUUCUCGUUGGCUUGGCCAGUAUAUGAAUUCGCCUAAGUUUGGUGAAUGUGAACCAUAUACUAAUCCUGAUGAAUGGACUGAGGAGCACAAGCAAAACCUUCGGAGGUUCAUUGAAGGCCAGAUUGAUGCUUACUCGACUGCUAGUGGCUGGAUUUUCUGGAACUGGAAAUGUGAGAACGCUGUUGAGUGGGACAUGUCUCGUUUGAUCCAACUUGGUGUAUUUCCUCAACCAUUCAGUGACAGGCAAUACCCAAAUCAAUGUGGAUACGAUUGA